GUGUGCAAGGGGGUGGGACCAGUGGAAGUUUCUUACCUCUUCUAGUGUGGAUUAAUUGGCUGGACCAACUAGGGGAGGGGGUCCAAGUACGGUUGUGGAGUAUUGCCAGAGGCGUUCUACGAUUGCCAACGUAGCGAAGGUCAGUGAUCUGCACGGGAAGAAACCAGAGCUUUGAUGUGUGUCGGGUUGGGUGAAACUCGUUGCAAGUGGAGCCGCUUGGUCGUUUGUUAAGUGAUGGAAGAAGUGAAACUGAAGAAACAAUAAAAACGACCAUCAGAAGAUAAAUCAUCCACUUUGGGGUCGAGCACAGGCAGUAGUGACGGCGAUCGGGAAUCGUUUGUGGAAUACGAGAAUAUGCGCACGGAGCGUUCAAAGUGAAAUUCGGUUAAUGGCAAAACGUGAGAUUUGAAGAAAAAUGUUCGGUACGUGGUGAACAGCAGGAAGUUGCGUGAAAAUAGCUCACUUGUGAAAGUAUACAUCCUCUUUGGCGAAAAAAAAGCAGUCUGAGGAAUACCAGAGGAAAAGUUCGUGAUGAGUAAAUCGUUUGAGAUAAAAAAAAGUGAAAUAGUACACUUUCGGCACAGUUUUCUGCUCCCAAACAAUUGGAGCAGACAACGAGAAUAGAAGAGGAUAAGAAAAGGAGGAUGCAACGGAAAAGCUCUGCUGGCGUUCUGUGUUUUUUUUUUCGGAUGAAGUGAAUAUGAAUGGAAAAUAGUUGGUAUUAAACGACCCAAGCCAAGCGAGGCAACCAGCUAUAGCUAGUGUGUGGCAUUGAGAAGAACAAACGAGCGAGAUCUAUUGGCGCCAUCGUCGAGAUAAACAUUGGAGUAGUAAGGAUUUCCACUAGGGAUUUUCUGGAGAAUUCAUAUUUCGUCUGACAGUCGGACACAGUGGAACAACAGCAGAAGUUCGCACAGCUUACAGAGAGUAGCACCACCACCGCAGCAGCGCAGUAGAGGGAGUUCCCCUCUCUGUAGUAGGCUAGGAUAAAACAGCGGAAAGUGACACGUGCUUGACGAGGCCCGAGCAAAACCUAAACGAACGGGAGUCCACUGGAGGCCCUACGGCGUCAGUCUCGGUCCAUAGCGGCUCGCCGUGGACGGAAAGUCAAGUUCUCCGAAUGGGAAGAUCACCAUGAUAAUGACGCGCCGGAUGAAGACAAGUUUGUUUGAAAAGCACUAAAGACACUUACAAGUUGACACACUCACACACACAGAGUAACACAAGACACACUUUUCCCAUCUCCCGUCUGAAAUAACACUGCUCCGAAACAAGAAACAAAAGACUAUUCUCCUGCGUGUAAAUAUACAACCAGAACCAGAAUUGCUAAGUGCUAACCCUUCCGUGCGAUCUAACUUGAACACACCAGCAAAAACAAAAGCAGAAAGUUUAGUGUUGAGGGAAACAAAAACACCAACAGGAUCCCUCGCUUUGCUACUCUCUGGUCGAAAUUACUCCUUCUUACCACUCCCCACUACCACCCCCGCACAAAAGAGCCAAGUAACCACACCAGACCCCCUCCAUCCUGUGUCACAGAGUCACUGGGUUAUGCCAGGAGGAAAGUGUUCUUGGCACACCAGCAGAGCAUCCCACCACAGAAGCAAGUUGAUGAGGCCCCUCUCGAUGUUGAAUGCAAGCGAACGAAUGUUGAACUCAAACUAUAAAUGAAAGUGGUGAAGAAAAUGUGGGGCAAAACAACCCGAUGGAAAGCACAAUACUAAAAAGUAAACUGUUUGUGAAGAAUGAGAAGUCGGCAGCACGGCGAACGUCCACACCGGAGGGGAUGACCCUGCGGGCGCGGGGCGGCGAUGAUGGUUCGGAAUCGGCGACGGCGACGACCGGUGGAGGAGGACCCGGCGGCGGAGGCAGUGACAAGAAGGACACCAAGAUAGACAUCCCACUGCCGCAGUAUAUGCACCCGGCGGCGGAGAAAUUUGCCGAUAAACGAGUUAAGAGACACAGCAUCCACGGCAUGAUGGAGGAGGAGAACGUGGUCCGACCGCACCAGGAGAUUGCGGCUCUAUCCCUGGACGAGAAGAAAUAUCUCCUGGCGGUCGAACGAGGCGAUGUCGCCAGCACCAGAAGGAUACUGGAGAAGGCCGAAGCUGAGGGGCACAUCAACAUCAACUGUGUCGACCCGCUGGGCAGAUCCGCCCUGCUGAUGGCCAUCGACAACGAGAAUCUCGAGAUGGUGGAGCUGCUCAUCAAUCACAAGAUGGACACCAAGGACGCCCUGCUGCACGCCAUCUCGGAGGAGUUCGUCGAGGCGGUCGAGGUGCUGCUGGACCACGAGGAUAGCUGCCACAAGAACGGCGAUCCGCAUAGCUGGGAAGCGCUUCCACCGGAUACGGCAACCUUCACACCGGAUAUUACACCCCUGAUUCUGGCGGCCCAUCGGGACAACUACGAGAUCAUCAAAAUUUUACUGGACCGAGGAGCCACACUGCCGAUGCCACAUGAUGUGAGAUGUGGCUGUGACGACUGCGUGACUUCCCGCCAGGAAGACUCCCUGCGGCACUCCCGAUCGCGAAUCAAUGCAUAUCGUGCCCUGGCCAGUCCUUCUCUAGUGGCCUUAUCCUCGAAGGAUCCCAUCCUUACGGCGUUCGAGCUGAGCUGGGAGCUGCGGCGGUUGAGUUUCCUCGAGCAUGAAUUUAAGAACGAAUAUCAGGAGCUGCGGAGGCAAUGCCAGGAUUUUGCCACCGCACUGCUGGAUCACACAAGGUCUUCCCACGAGCUGGAAGUGCUGCUGAACCAUGACCCCACGGGGCCGGCGUUCGAGCACGGCGACCGGAUGCAUCUGAAUCGACUGAAGCUGGCGGUGAAACUGAGACAGAAAAAGUUUGUAUCCCAUCCGAACGUUCAGCAGCUGCUGGCCAGCAUCUGGUACGAAGGUCUUCCGGGCUUCCGGCGGAAAAAUAUGGCUCUUCAGGCACUGGAAAUAGUGCGAAUAGGUAUGCUCUUUCCGCUGUUUUCCAUCUCAUACAUCAUAGCGCCGCACUCCACCUUCGGGCAGACAAUGAGGAAACCCUUUAUCAAGUUUAUUUGCCACAGCGCGUCGUAUUUUACCUUUCUGUUUCUACUGAUGUUGGCUUCGCAGCGCAUCGAAACGGUGAUCGGAGGCGUAUGGGGAGCCGAGAUGAGUAGCCAUGACGAAGUGCCUACAAAGAGGGGAGCCAGUCCCACGUUGGUCGAGUGGCUGAUUCUGGCCUGGGUUAGCGGCCUGAUAUGGAGCGAAGUGAAGCAGCUGUGGGACGUCGGGCUGCAGGAGUACGUGAACGAUAUGUGGAAUGUGAUAGAUUUCGUGACCAACUCGUUGUACGUCGCGACGGUGGCACUGCGGGUGGUGUCAUACUUUGAGGUCCAAAAGGAGAUGGCCAUCAAUCGGUUUGCGGCGGAUCUGCCCCGAGAAAAGUGGGACACCUGGGAUCCGAUGCUGAUUUCGGAGGGAUUGUUCAGCGCAGCCAAUAUCUUCAGCUCGCUCAAGCUGGUGUACAUAUUUUCGGUGAAUCCUCAUCUGGGACCGCUACAGGUGUCGCUCUCGCGGAUGGUGAUGGACAUCAUGAAGUUUUUCUUCCUGUACGUGCUGGUGCUGUUUGCCUUCAGUAGCGGUCUCAAUCAGUUGUUGUGGUACUACGCCGAUUUAGAGAAGAAGCGAUGUCCAGAUGCGUCGGCGUUCUCCAACAUGACGUCAACCGAUCCAAAUGCAUGCGUCGUGUGGAGGCGAUUUGCGAACCUGUUCGAAACCAUUCAAACCCUAUUCUGGGCGGUAUUCGGUUUGGUGGAUCUGGAGAACUUUGAACUGGACGGGAUCAAAAUCUUCACCCGCUUCUGGGGCAUGCUGAUGUUCGGGACGUACUCGGUGAUCAACAUCGUGGUGCUGCUGAAUCUUCUGAUUGCCAUGAUGAAUCAUUCAUAUCAGCUUAUAUCGGAACGAGCCGACGUGGAGUGGAAGUUUGCCCGGUCCAAGCUGUGGAUCAGCUACUUCGAGGAGGGAGGAACCUGCCCGCCACCGUUCAACAUCAUUCCAACACCGAAGUCCAUCUUCUACGUCUUCCAGUGGGUCAAGCGGAAAUUCUGCGGUCAUUCCAAGGCCGUCAAGAAGGAGCACAUGAAGACGAUUCGACGGAAGGUAAAGCAAGCCAGCGAGCGGGACUUUCGGUAUCAGAGCAUAAUGAGGAAUCUGGUGCGGCGGUAUGUGACCGUCGAACAGCGAAAGGCCGAGUCCCAGGGCGUCACCGAAGAUGACGUCAACGAAAUCAAGCAGGACAUCUCGGCCUUUCGUUGCGAACUGGUGGAGAUUCUGAAGAACAGCGGAAUGAACACGACCAGUGCGACGGGAUCCGGCAGUGGGGUCGGCGGCAAGAAGAACCGCCAGAAGGAACGCCGACUCAUGAAGGGGUUCAACAUUGCUCCUCCACCGGCGCCGGAGGGCGGACAACACUUGACCCCAGUCUCCGAGUUCAUAUCACAGCUUCCGGAACACGGUUCGCACGAGCUGUUCGCCGGAGUGUUCGGGCCCGGCCUUACUCCCAAGAAAGCUCUGCACCAAGUCAACCCGAUGCAUCAGUUCUCGUCGCAAUCGCAGAGUUCCUUCGGCGAGAACAACAAUGCAAUGCACAAACUAUCCAAACUUGCACCGAAGUUCCACUCCAAGAGGCCCAACUCGCAGAAGAAACGAUGGGGAACUCUCAUCGAAGCGGCAAAGCACGGAAGCGUCUCCAAGUUCAUCGGAAGAUCCCGUUCGGAAGACUCGGUCUGCAAUCACGGUCCACGGGGGGAAUCCGCCAGCCACAGUAACAGUCCCGCUUCGGACGAAGCCAUCACGGAGUCUCCCUCGGACUCCAACCCAAGUCUGGACCGGCCAGAGGUGGAAGCGUCUCCGGAUCCGACCAAACAUCAUCACCACCACCACAACCAGCAGCAUCACCAGCGUGAGGGUAGCGAUAAGUCGCACGGAGGAAAAACGAAAGAUUCCUCGCAUCAUCACUAUCACCUGCACUUCGGUGCCCUAGCGGCACUCAAGCGGAAGCGGAAAAAGUUUUCGAAUAGCAGAAAUAGCAGCCCGGUGCUGGAGCCUCCCUGUGAGGUGGCUCCUCCCGUAGCUCCGCUGAAUAAUUCUAGCAGUAAGGUCCUGAAACGUGCUUCUAGUGUGCCGUCGUCCCGCAGCGGUUGCGACGAGGGUGUGGUCGGCAGCGCCGGUGGUGCCAUCGUAGAGGGUGCUACGGAGGACAUCGGCGUCCCGCUGAAAACGCCUCGCCACGAGCAAACGCAGAGCCAGCACAACUCGAUGGAAAACCAGCUGGAUCCUCCGUUGACUCCUUCCACGACGGAGGAAAGCGUGGACAACGCCUCGCACGUACGGAUGAACUCGACGGAACCUCUGCUGAGGAUACAGGGCCGGGCGGUGACCAUCGAUGAGCUGACGAAUCCCGGCGGACGAUCCGGCGGUCCGAGUGGGUCGUCCGGUCAAACACGGCCGCAGCCUUCUUCCUACAGGAUCCCAGGGGUCACUCCGGUGCGGGGACACUUCCAAUCCCAGGGAUGGUUAUAGGGCCUAGUCAAUGGUGGUGCUUGUUUUAUGUACAUAGUAUGGUAGUCAGUCAGUCGGUUAAGAAAAAAGGUAUUUAUAAUUGCCAGCGAGAGUAUUAUCUAGUCAUGUAGGGAAUGGGGGGGCUCGUAGGGAGAAGCGGGAACACACUUGAACUGCCAUCUCGAAAACAGGACAAAUUCUUACCCAAUCGGAUGUAAACUUAUCGAAAGCAAAAUUCUAAACCAAUCGGAAUCGGCGGGGUUCAGUUUUUGGCGAUUAUCCAAUAGGUAGCUGUCUAAACGUUUUUGGGUUACCAAUAGUGAGGAAGGCCGGAAGACCUAAACGCUUAGCGAAGGGAUAUUUUGUUGUUAGACUAGUGGAAUCUUUGUGCAAAUUCAGGUAUCAGGUAUCAGCAGGUCGGCUCCAGAGGCACGUUCUCCUCCAUUUGGGAAAUUUGUGCCAUAUUUAUUUCAUUAGGAAUUCUUCAUGCAGUUACUAGAUAAUUUCCUUGUGAAAUUAUUCUCUCUUAUUCUUAGAGGAAUUUUCAGUUGAACUCCUUGGAAUACUUAUAAAAAUAAUUUGUCGAUUUCCUAUAGAAUUAGGUCAUGAAUUUCCUGAUCAAAUUCUUAGAAAAAUUUCCUGGUACUUGUUUCUGAUGCGAGUUUUUGUGGACUCAUUUGAAAAACUCCCAGUAAGGUUUCUACUAAAAAUGUUUUAUUUAUAAUCGGAGUCACCAGAGUUUAACCCGCAUAAUUAUAAAAAAUAGCCUGAACCAACAGACUUCUGUUUUGAUGUAAUUACUAUCUUCUCGACGAUGAUCAGAAACUCUUAACAAAACAAAAAUGGGAAUUGGGCGCAAAACACUUAAUUGCGUGGGUGAAGGGCUUCCGAGCUGACAUCUUCCUGCCGGAAGAUUCCUUUCACCCGCCAAUGUUGAAGUAGGAAUACCAUAACCUCAUAUACUUACCAACAGUUUGCACCGUAAGCUAGCGAUCCGACUAUGAGUGGGAUCUGAAUAGGAAAAAAAUAUAUUUAGCUAAUUGAAUCACUUAAUAAACACUAGUCAACAUAGUAAUAGAAAGAAGAGAUUUUAACUAACAAUAGCACAAGCAAGGGACCAUGUCUCUUAACAUUCGAAAAUUAGCGAUGAUCGAAGUAGCCGUUGGAUGAAUUUCGCGCCCAAUCGCCUACUGAGGUUGGCAAAACCAAGCCUACAAUUUCAAGGUUUGGCGCGAAUUUCGUCAUCAAUAAAAUAUCAAAUGUCAACCAUGAAAAAAAGUUGGAUUUUACCACAGGGUUUUUCAUGUAGCGAAAGUCAGGCGAACAACAAGAGGCAAAAGUUUCUCGAACGGAACUGCUCUUCAGUUGUGGACACAGAGAUAAGAGUCAACAAUAAUCCAUUUUUUAUAAAACUUGCAGCGUUGCACCAAAAGAAACAUAACUUUCUAGUUCAAACAAAUCUAAAGUCACCAAAUUACAGAAAAAAAUGCAAUCUUACUUGUACAGAGAUCACCCUUCUACCACCACACCCUCACAAACAAAAGUUUAUAAAAAGAAAAUUAGAGAGAUAGCAUUCACAUACACACACACGCAAACAACAAACACAAGGAAUUUUCCUUGACUAACGAUGCGAAGAAAUCAAUGGAGGCCUUAUUACUGAGAAGAUAUGUGUUAUUAUAAAAAUUACCUAGAACAACAAUAACAACUAGAACAUAGUUGUGCGACUAUUCACACCAACAAAACAGGAUUGAAUAAUAACUCGUACACCUAAACGGAUUCACAACUUUAUAAUCAAUACAGUUCGGAAAAGUAGAUCUCACGAAACGUCUCUAUGUGAUGAGUACGGACUCGGUCCAAAUUUCCUCAAAGGAAAUUUAGAACGAACUCAACUCUCGUUCCUCAUAAUCAAAUUGGUGGAUAUACGAUAGGUUAAAAAUAAAUAAUUUUGGAAAGUUUGCGGA